AUGAGAAAUAGAAGACUGAAAAAAGCAAUCGUCGAAUUGAAUUUUUUUCAAAGUAAUAUCACGGAUGAACAAACUAUUCGUCGACAACGAUAUGCAACCCGCAUCUAUAUCAUUUUGUAUGUUCUGACUGUUUUUGGUAUCGGUCUAUUUGCUGCUUUUAGUCCACAAUUAAUAAAUGAUGUCAUAUACUUUCCAACAAAUCUUCAAUUUAACAAAUUGAUGAGAAAAUAUUCGACUACAAUUCAAUGUUUAUGUUCAAAAAUUGAACGAGGCGAUAUCGUUGGUCAAUGUGUUGAGCGGUCGAUUGAAAUGGCCAUUGGUAUCAUGGCAAUUCUGUUUAGUGGUGCUUCGUACCUUCCACUCUCACCUCAUGAACCAUUCGAACGACUGCAGUUGUUGACUGAUCUCACUCGACCACGAUGUGUUCUCACUCACUCGACUACCGAUCAUCUCAUUCCGAAGAACAAAGUAUCGGUGGAGAAUAUAAUUAAAGGUGACUUUGAAUCGUCGACAGACGUGAAUGUACUGAUGGACGACAUCGCUUUUUUGAUUUUCACGAGUGGCUCGACAGGAACACCCAAAGUAGUACCCAUUAGCCAUCGAAACUUCACGUAUAUGGUGCAUUCGCAUAACCAACUGCUCUCCAAUCGCGAAAAUGAUGUAAUAAUUCAAAUGGGUAGUUGUUCAUUCGAUGAACAUGUUGAUGAAUAUCUGGGAAGUUACAUUUGUGGUGCGACACUCGUAUUACUUCGACCACAUGGUAAUCUCGAUACAUAUUAUCUUUGUCAAACAAUUGUAAAGAACCAAAUAACCAUGAUCGACUUUGUACCAACAUCGUUAUCCGUUUUGUCCGAUUACCUAAACAGGAAUGGCGACCCAGAAAUAUCCAACUGUCUUGCUACACUGAAAUUAAUCACUGUCGGAGGAGAACAGUUACAAAGGAAGGCGGCAAGCAGCUUAUUUAGGUAUUUACCAAAGUCGUGCUGUUUGGCCAAUAUAUAUGCUCCAGCUGAAUGCACCAUAUCUGCGCUGGCCUACAGAAUGCAAGCUACAGACAGCAUCAUUCCGGAGAUUGUGCCGAUCGGUCGGUGUCUACCAGGUCGAAAAGUUCUUGUACUUGAUAACUAUGGUCAGCAAGUGUUACCUGAUGGACGACAUAUUGGUGAGAUAUUUCUUGGUGGCGUUGGCAUCUUUUCGGGUUAUCUCGAUGAUCCUCAAGCGAGUGAACGGGUACUUGUUCAAAUACCUAAUGUUGAUGGUGUGUUCUAUCGAACAGGUGAUCUGGCCAGAAUUACUUCAGAUGGACAAUUGGUAUUUGUCGGUCGCAAAGAUUUUCAAGUGAAGUUGAGAGGACAACGAAUUGAAUUAGGCGAAAUAGAAACAGUCAUCAUGCUAUAUUCAUUGGAUAUUACUAAUUGUGUCGUCGUCAAGGUCACUCACGAGAACCUAGAACAUAUUGUAGCCUAUGUUGAAACAAAAAUCCAUCUGAACACUAACAUAUUGCGUGAUGAAUGCUCGAAACAUCUACCUUUGUACAUGGUACCGUCGUUGUUUGUUCUCGUCGAUAACUUUCCAUUGAAUCUCAAUGGAAAAUUAGAUAGAAAGGCAUUGCCAUGUCCUGAUUUUUCACUCCUCUCUUCGGAUAUGACAGAAUCAGACGAACAGCAUCGAAGCGACUUGGAGCGACAUAUAGCAUCAAUUUGGUGUCGAGUGCUCGGUCUGAAACACAUUCCUACGAUCAAUAUCAGUUUUUUUAAACUCGGUGGCCAUUCGCUUCUUCUCAUGAAACUUCAUCACAACUAUCAAACUCAAUUUCGACAAUCAAUCGACAUUAGUUUACUUUUUCGUUCUACAACGAUUGCUGAUCAUGCUCGUCUGAUCGAAGAACGUCAAGUCAUUCUCCAUUUACCAUGGAUUCCACUUAAUAUCAUCGAAGGUCCUGCUUCAUAUGCUCAAACGAGUAUCUGGUUGGCUGAACAUACUCGUUUCAUAGAUUGGCCGCAACUCGCACCCGUCUUUAAUAUGAAUAUGAUAUUUCAAAUUGAUGCUGGUCAAUUGUCGAUUGACCGGUGUCUUCAGGCGCUAAAUUCCGUAGUCAGUAAACAUUGGAUCUUUCGUACUCGACUCAUGUUCGAUGUCAAACAUGGUAUAUUGCGUCAGUCGAUUCAUAAUGCAAUAACUUAUCCUAUGCGCGUGAGCACCGUCCAUGAUGAACAACAACAGAAGAAGAUAUUGCGCGAAGAAAUGUGGACACCAUUUGACACAGAAAAUAAUGGUGUUUUUCGCUGUCACUUCAUUCGUUAUGAUCACGGCGAUAACAAAGACAUAUUAUUAACUAAUGAUUUACUCCUAUUUAAUUUUCAUCAUGGUUCAUUCGAUGGACAAGCUAUAGAUUUGUUCUUAGAUGAAUUGAAAUUGGCUUAUGCAGGUGAGGAACUACAGACACCUUGUCUUCAGUAUAUCGAUUAUUCUGUUCAUGAACGAACAUUACUGAUGUCGGAAGCAUGUACUUAUUGGAAAGAACUUCUAUGUGAUUAUGCCUGGGAUCGUCAAUUAAAUCUGGGUAGUACUAAACAAUCGUUAUCAGCUCGCCGUACGGGUCAAGGCGAGCUGUUGAGUAUUACCAUUCCAUUAGAAAUUGCGCGCUCAAUGGUUAUGUGUGCUAACGAACUCAAUGUCACCUUAUUCCAAUUGGGUCUCACAUGUUACUAUCUCUUUCUGGCUCAACUUUCAGCACAUAAUCGAGAUGCAUGUGUGGGUGUUAUUCAUCAGAAUCGAUAUCGGCCAGAACUUGUCUCGAUGAUCGGCAUGUUUGUUAAUAUUCUUCCGUGUCGUAUCGUCAAUGCUGAUCUUGAUAAACUCUCCUUCAUUGAACUCGUCUAUAAAGUACAAAAGGCAUUUCUGACAAGUGUUCAACAUGCACACUUACCUUAUGAUAAACUGAUUGAUUUGCAUCGUGUACCAAAUUCUCACUUACAAUUUCCAUAUCUCCAAACAAUUUUCAGUGUCGAUACGACACUGAUCGAUUAUACAAAUAUGGAUGACAUCAUGUUUGGUGAUUCAUGUCGUAUUUCUACUUAUAAGAAGCCAAUAAAAGAUAUUGAUGUGGGAUACAAAUUCGAUUUGGACGUCUCAUUUUCCUUUGACAAACACGCUAUGACUAUUGAUUGUGUUUGGGGAUACAUGUCUGAUGUCUUUGAACGAGAAACGAUUGAACAACAUGCGAAUUCUUUGGUAAAAUUACUCACUCAGCUGUUUGGUUCGAAUCGUACAGAUCAGUUACACUUACCUUUGAAUGAGAUUAUCACACUGAACACAAACGAGACAAAUGAGACAAAUCAAGAAGUCAGUAUACCGUGUUCAAUACCUAUUAUUGAUAUAUCACAACAGCAAACAGAGCUCAUGAAAUCCAUUCAAGUCGUUUUCUCUCGAAUUCUGGAUUGUACAACAGACGACAUCGACGUGAACAAAUCAUUUUUUGAACAAGGUGGUACGUCUCUCAAGGCUUUACAACUAAUAACUUUAUUGCAACGAGAAAUUUCUACUGAAAUCAAUACGCAUCUCUUCUUCGAUCAUUUAUCAGUCAUUCAACUCGCUCGGGCCAUCACCAAUCUACGGACUCACUCAGUUCUUUCUCGUAAAGAAACUGUUUUUGGAUGUUAG